AUGUGCCUGGCUCAGCCCAGCAAGCUGACAUUUGAAAGCUCACAGCUAUCCUGUGAGCUGCGUGCCUCUUGGGUGCUGCUCUGUGGGCCCCGCAGCCUCCUGUCAGCUCCUUCUGGCGCCUGCUCUGUGGGUGUUCCUUCGUCCAAGGCGCCUGCAGCUCUCAGAGGGUCCGUGGGGUGGGGAGAGAGCUCAGUGCCCCGCAUCCACCAGCACCAUCUCCGACCCCUGGGCAGGCUUCGUGUUAGAGGUGGCAGCCAGGUCCUGCCAACGGAAGAUGCUGGGCCUUGGAAACAGCCUGCACUGUGGGUGACCCGGCUGGCCGGGCCCAAACUGGCUGCCAAGAAAAGGGAGCGGGAAAGGAAAACAGCUCUCGGCCACGUCGCCUGUGUAACCGAAUCUGUUUUCAAAGCCCCUCGCAACGCGGGCUCUGCAUUCGGCAUGGCAGGCACUGGCCGCCAGAUCACCGAGGACCGCUCAGGGGGUCUUCUGGGAGGAGCUCAAAGCGAGUUUGUUUUUGGGGAGGAGGUCAUUGCACUCAAGACGUCUGCCAGUGACAGGCUUGGAGCCCCAUCAAGGGGACCUGUCCUGGGCUGGGCUGUCGGCGGAGGAGCAGCGUGGAGGAGCUGGGAGCGCCCAGCCUGCCUGUGGGUUGCAUUGCCGCUUCCUGCCCAGGAGCCCUGCGGCCGUCUGUCCGCCUCUGAGCAGGACAGUGGGGUUUCCUGGCCAGGAGCAGAGUUUGCCACGUUCCAGUUCUGUCUGCCCAAUGUUCAGCUUUUGGGUUUGGCUGAAGCUGCUCUGGGGAUUAUGCAAAAACCUGUCUGAGGGAGUGAGAACGCAGAGGCACCUUGGAGCCAGCCAUGGCUUCAAUCUCUGAGGAUUUGCAACAAAGACACACAUUUGCUGGGCCUGAGCAAAGAGGGAAAGCCACUCCUUCAGCAAUGAAGGAGAAGGAGCGCCGAGAUCUUGGUUUGGCUUUUCUGGGUGGAGGCCUGGUGGAGUGGAGCAAAGGGCAGCCAUUCCCAGCGAUCAGGAGCCAGGCCAGGCCUACUGACACCUUGAUGCUGAGGGGCCAGAGCAGCCCUGUGCGAUGUCCCGAAGUCCCAGGGUCUUGGCAGGUGGAGGCAGAUGGACCAAGCAAGGCCUUUGUGUUCCAGGGCACUUUGCAGGCAGCAGGACCCCCAGGUCCUCUGGAGAGGGUGGCUGGAGACUCAGCCUGGAGCUGCUGCCCCCCGCACCUCAGGAUACCUGCCUGCGUGCGCCAUCCAUUGUUUGGGGGCUGCACAGAGCACAGUUUUGAGCAGGGAGUUGGGUGUCACCUUGGAAUGGCUGUGAGAUGUGUGGGACCCUGGGGGGCCACCUGGGGUCAAGCCCAGCCCUGCCCCUUGGGCUCUGGGACCCUGGGGGAGCCACUUGCAUGCUCUGUGCCUCGGUCUGUGACCCUGGAGGAGGGUGGUGAUGUCCAUCUCUGGGGACGAUGGUUGCAUCUCAAGGGUGAGGGCCCCAGGCCUGCCAGGUGCUUCGAGUACAGUCCAUGGGGGCGGCCUCUCGGGGCUGCUCUGGUGGGUGGCCAGACCCUGCUGGAAUGUGACUCUGUUCCUGGGAUCAGGACCUGCGGGGUGGCCUUUGUCAGGUCCUGCCAUUUCCAAGCCUCAGUUUCCCAAUCUGUGGUGGGGUUGGCGUGAGGAGAUGAGAAAUGCACCCAGGGAGCGCUGGCUGGCGCUGCAGGGCAGCAAAGAGGAGCCACCAUGGUCACUCUUGGAAAAGCCCCCAGCCCUGCACCGGCAGGGCAGUGAGAAAGUCCACGGCUGCUGCUGUCCUGGCCGCCCAAGCCCGGGAGAGGCAGCAGCCUUGGCCACACUCCUGCCAAGAGCUAGCUCAGGGGCCCAGGGCCGCUGAGAUCACUGGGCAGUUCCCAGGCCGGCUGGGCUGUCCCCUCGUCAGGAGGGCAGGGCUGGCAGGUUUGUGGACGCCUUCCCAGGCUGACCCCCACAAUAGCCGCCCUGCUCCACCCCGAAUCUACCCGUCCCAGGCUGCGCCUGCCUCCAAGUGCCUGACUGGAGAUGGCCAAGCCCAUUCCUCAUGUGCAAAGAAUUUCCCGAGCAGCCGCAGCCGCUGCAGCUGGAACUUGUCUCCAGAUGGGUCGUUCCGAGGGAAACCAGCGUCUCCUGUCUCCUCCUGCAGACAUGGGCUGGCGUCCGAGCCCUGGAUCCCCUGCCCUGGCUUGGCUUCCUCUGGAGGGGAGAUAAGGGGCUCCUGGCAUCUUGUAGGCUGAAGAACCCGCCCAGCACGCUGACAGGGAGGCGCCAGAGGCAGCCGCAGACCUUCCUCAGCCCCUGCAGCCCCCUCCCCUCUUGCUGCAGAAAGAAGCCCUCAGGGCCCAAGGUCGACCCACCCAGCCUGGGGGCUGCUCUGCAGCUGUGGCCCACUCCAGCCAACCCGGGAGUGGCUCCGAAGUGUGCCCAGCACAUAGGGAGGGCUCACUCCUGGGGGCACCGUCUCCCAGUCAGAGCCAGCUGGAGCUGGGCACAGCCAAGGAAGAGCAAACGUGUUCUGUCCUUGACUCCUUCUCCAAGUUUGUGAUGGCAUCUGCCAUGGGCCGGACAGGGGGACACGAGAGUGAGCGAGUGGACGUGGCUGCCCUCUGGAACCUUCCAGGGCGGGAUGGCAGGUGUGGAGAGGCACACAGGGAAACCCUGGGGUCUCACCAAGGUGCAGGCGAUGCAGAAAGGGCCAGGGAGUUCCCAGAGACUGUCAGGGGCUCCCUGGGUGGGGGCAGAGACCCCCACCCCGCCCCUGGCACCUCCAGCACCAUGGGUGCCCUGGCUAGGGAUGCCUUCCUGUCUGAGGUCAGAGCUGCAAACCGGUGGCUGCAGUUACCCCACCAUGUUUUUUAAAAUUGGAACAAUUCAUGUAAAAGCCCAGAUGUAUUUUUUCUUGAAAAAAAUUGACAGCCAAAUGUGA